AUGACAACCUUUGUGGAUAUAAUCCGCGCUUUUCUGGCUCAAUUCACCAUGCCUAUUGCCAAAGUGAAGUACCCGAUAAAUUUGCUAGGGGUGACACAGAGAAGUGAAAAACCGACCAAGAAGUACCUGGAUAGAUUCAAUGAUGAAUGUUUGGAGAUUGAUGGCCUGACCGACUCGGUGGCCAGUUUAUGCUUGACGAACGGGUUGCUGAACGAAGAUUUCAAAGAGCACCUUACCACCAAGUCCAUGUGGACGAUGCAAGAAAUCCAAAAUGUGGCUAGGGAGUAUAUCAAUGACGAAGAGGUUAACCAAGUCGUGGCAGCUAACAAACAGCAGCCGCCUAUCAUACUGCUCGUCAGCCCGGUAACGGAGAAAGGCCUAAGGAGCACCCCAUGGACGGAGCGCCAGCUAAAGCCUUCAAGCCCCCCGAUCGUCGGGGUAUACCAGCAGAUAGCUGACAAAGACAUCCUGUCAAAGCCCCAACAACUCAAGGAUAGAACUGGAGGGAACAAAAACCUCUACUGCGACUACCACAAGGGCUUCGACCAUAAGACUCAAGAUUGUUUCGAUUUGAAGGAUGCUCCGGAGCAGGCGAUACGGGAAGCGGACAUAACCCGCGCUUUCUUGGCUCAGUUCACCACUCGCAUUGCCAAAGCGAAGCACCCGAUCAACUUGCUAGGGGUGACGCAGAUAAGCGGGGAACCGACCAGGAAGUACCUGGACAGGUUCAAUGAUGAAUACUUGGAGAUUGACGACUUGAAUAACUCGAUAGCCAGAUUAUGCUUGACGAACGGAGUUGCUGAACGAAGAUUUCAGGAAGCACCUUACCACCAAGCCCGUGUGGACGAUGCAAGAAAUCCAAAAUGUGGCUAG